GAUACUCUUUGGUAUGGUGUUGUUAUUGUAGUCAACAAGCAUCAAUGUCAAACUGAUACAAUUCUUAAAGUUAACCAGUGUUUACACCUACCUAACUUGAAAAGAAGUAGGUGAUAUAUCGUCGUAUUUACUGAUUUACUGAUUUAUAUCAAAGUGAUUUAAGAUCACUUUCACAAUAUGGAAGAAAAUGCACAAGAUAGAAGAAAUAAUUCAAACCCAACAAACAAUGCAACAUUAAUUAGCAAUGUAAAUUCACCUCUCAAAGAAAAUACAUUGAUUAGUCGGGCAACUAAAGCUGUUCGUGAUUAUUUGGAAUAUGAUUUUGAAUCAGUUUUCUUCAUUAGUCUUAUACAUUUUUCAAUGAUAACAACUGAAAAAACUUAUCAUAUUGCGAGUCGAACAAAUGACAAUCAAAAUCGAGAUGCGCAUAAAAAUAGAAAUAAUAUUAGUAAUAAGUGUGUUAUUGUUGAAGAAAUUCUCAUCAGUACAUUUGUAUGUGAUUUAAAAUUUCUCUAUGAAAAUUAUGUACCAAUGAAUGAUAAAAAUGCAUCACAAAAUUCUUCAUUUACAUUGAAUAUAUUAAAUGAAAAUCAACAUUUUCAAAUUGUUAAUCAUGAUCAAUUAAUGACCAGAGGACGUAUUGAUCGUGAACAAUAUGUUUUUGAGAAAUUAUGCCAAAAUAUUGAAAAUAAUCAUAAUAUGAUCAACAUGAAUGUAGAUGAGGAUUAUUCAUUAUUGAAUGAAGAAGAAAAUGGAUGUGCUGCCACUAGUACUACUACUACUACUACUACUACUACUACUACUACUACUACUACUACUACUACUACUACUACUACUACUACUACUACUACUACUACUACUACUACUACUACUACUACUACUACUACUACUACUACUACUACUACUACUACUACUACUACUACUACUACUACUACUACUACUACUACUACUACUACUACUACUACUACUACUACUACUACUACUACUACUACUACUACUACUACUACUACUACUACUACUACUACUACUACUACUACUACUACUACUACUACUACUACUACUACUACUACUACUACUACUACUACUACUACUACUACUACUACUACUACUACUACUACUACUACUACUACUACUACUACUACUACUACUACUACUACUACUACUACUACUACUACUACUACUACUACUACUACUACUACUACUACUACUACUACUACUACUACUACUAAGGUUAUGAUUAGUUCUGGAUGA